GAUACAAACUAUCUCCUCGAUAAGAAAGAAGAUAUACGAAAAUACUUCAAGAAGAUCGAGGCCCUUACCAUCGCGAUUCAAGAGCUAGAUGCGCCCAACAUCCCCAAAUACGACAACGAAUUGAUCAAGGAUGAAGAAAGGACCGACGAAAUCAUGCUCGCCUUCUCGAAAGCUGCGAAAUCCGUCUCCAUUCCCACCGCUGAGCAACGAAGAUAUCCCGGCCCCGCUUCCCGCCGCAUCAACGACGCUCUCAAGCCCUCCGUCCUUUCAAAAGACGCAAGUCCAAUCGAGAUGCGAUAUUGGGUGGAUUCGUUCAAGUCCUAUUACACAUCAAACGACAUGGACAGUUUUACUAUUUUAGAAAAACAAUCCUACUUCAAAACUUUGUUGGAUACGGACCUCAAAACCAGGAUCGUAUCGAAAAUGGCAGAAGACACCGACGUUUUCGGCAAAGACGGUUGCAUUGACAUCCUCGAAAACGACUUUCUCGCUCGCUAUCCUCUAUUCUCCCGGCGUCUUGAUUUCUUUCAAAGCCAACAGCGUAACGGACAGACUUUUACUGAUUUCUUGGCCAACCUCAAGGAGCUGUCGAAACUCGCCGACCUUGACAAACUAUCCGUCGAAGAGAUGUUCGUUUUUUGUGCGCUUCGAGGCACCACGGACACGGCCCUUCUUGAUGACUUUCUGGAACUACAAAAUAAAUCACUGAAGGACAUAGAAAACGCUGCUAACAUCUACGAAAGUAAACUGGUUUCGCGAUCAAAAUUGAACAGAACGCCGAAAGAAAGCAACAUAAUGAAAGUCUCUACUCCAAAUCAACGUCGCAACGUAAGACAAAGGCCAAAACAAGAUUUCAAGCCGGAGCCCGCCCAAGCCAAACCGCAACUCAAACGCCCAACAACCGUUCGAGAAAUGAAGGAACGCGGCCUUUGCACCAGAUGCGGCAAAAGUGGUCACUUACCCAACGAAUGCUCAUACGAAAGAAGCGUUGUUUGUAAUCACUGCGGAAUCACGGGACACAUCGCCCCCGCUUGCAUGGGACGUGGAAGGAUCAACGCCAUCCAAUCGAACGAAAGGGACGCAUCCCCAUCUGCCAGUUCUUCCUUCUCCGAUUGA